GGCUAAGUGGUCAGAGACAGGGUGCACAUUGAUGACAGACGGAGCGACCGACCAGCGGAACAAGCCCAUAAUGAACUUCAUCGCAGCAGGGCAGUCUUGUCCGGUCCUCAUCCACACCAUUGACAUGUCAAAUAGGGAGAAGACCGCCGCCAGCCUCGCGGACAUAUGGGAGGGGGUGAUUAGAAAUCUUGGAGUCGACCAGGUAAACGCCAUUUGCACUGACAACGCGAAGGUCAUGAAGGCCGCAACAGCUACUCUACAGGUUCACCCGAAUGCAGCGAUUGCACACAUCCCUUGGGUCCCUUGUGCAGCGCAUUGCCUGCGCCUGCUGCUCAGAGACAUUGCUUCACAGGAUUGGGCAUCACCAAUCAUGAAGAGGGCUCACAAGAUUGUGAAGUUCUUGAGGAACAAGCAAAGGGCAGCAGCGAUUCAUCGGGACAUGACGCGCGCCUUAGAACUAACCCGGUCAGCUGACACACGAUUUGGGACAACAUACAUGAUGCUGCAGAGGCUAUAUGCGCAGAGGGAGGUGCUGGACUCUGUUGUGUCAUCAGAUCGUUGGAAGAAUGCACGCUGGACUGGAGAUGCAAAGAAGGAUCGUGCGGAGGAUGUGCAGAUCGCAGUGGUGGAUGGGUCGUCUCCUCCUGGAUUGUGGGAUUUGAAGUCCAUGCUGGAGAGGAAGAUAGUUGCUUUGCAACUGGAUGAGCAGCAGAGGACACUCGUCAUGGAGAGGGUUGUAGACAGGUGCGCCAUGAUGCGACAACCUGCACAUGCCGCAGCAUAUCUCCUAAACCCUCGCCGACGCAAUAUUUCUUUGUUGGCGGAUCGCGGGUCACCGGUGGUGCAGAGCGCUCUUGAGCACUUUGCGCAUUGUUCGGGUGUGGAAUGGCAGGCAUACAUCAUGCAAGACUUGUGGCAUGACUUGUGGACUUUUCAUUGUGAUGACCCUAGGUAUUGGCCGGUAGAGGGACCACAUUGGUGGGACGAGUUUGCCACAGGAGAUGCUGCUACUGAUGCGAUGCACCCAGCGUUGUGGUGGCACCUUCACGGCAGGGGUGCUCUGAAGUUGCAAGCGAUAGCGAAGGCCGUGCUUGGCAUGUGGUCCACCGCGUCUCCAUGCGAGCGCAACUGGGCUACACACGACUUCGUUCACACGAAGAGGCGCAACAGGCUUACUUCGCAGAGCAUGGAGAAACUGGUUUUCAUCCACUGGAACUUGCAGCUUCUUAGUGCGAGUCGGAGGCCAGAAGGACGGUACAUCGAUAUAUGGGCAGACCAGCUGGAGGAUCCGCCUGUGGAGGUUGACAAUGGUGAUGUUGUGCCCGAUGAUGUAGACAUGGACGAGUGGGAGGCUGCAGCUCGAGCCAACCGCCACAAGGAGGGCAGAGAUCGCAUAGGAGCAGAGUGGGGCCUGGUGGACGAGGAGGCAGACAUGUCCCUUUGGCAGGAUGAUGUAUGGAUGCACCGGGAGAUGAUGGAGCAGGCCCAGGCAGAGAGGAACAAAGGGAAGACAGUUGUGGAGGAUCACCACGACGUCUUCGACGAGUGGGCGACCCCCGACCCCCACGGCGACCUCGACACUUACGUGGACGGUAGUUUCAAUUCUGUCAGGACUUUACGAGAGAGGGUGGGGGGCCACGUGGACUUGGAGGCGCUGCUACAGAGAGAUGAUGAUGCGGACGAGAGGCAGCGCUUUUACGAGGAGGUUUGUGCAUCCGCUCAACAUGCAGGUGCGGGCGUUGCAGGAACGUCGUGUGCUACCACUUCAGAUUUCCAUGAUCGCCUAGGGUCAUCCCAUGGGGGCGACGGAGGCGAGCAGAGCACGUUCGUGGAGCCACCUUCUGCCGCUAGUACAUGUCCUGGCGAUGCCACCGACGGAGUUGAGAAGACGGAGGAGCCGACCACCCAGCGUCUUGGAGAGGAAAGAGAGGAGCACCAAGUGCACUCCGCCACCCCACAAACAACAGUUCACAUUCCUGGGGUCGGGAUAGAGCAGGUGGCGCAUCAGAGUGCAGACCGUCAGAGGGUGACACAGACAGUUGUGCAGACAGCGCAUCAGUCGAUGGCCGGCAGGAUGGAUGACUCCCAUAAUGAGGGGGCAGAUGAGGCCAUACAGCCAGUCCUCUGCCAGAGAGUAGAGCAAAGCGUUGGGRAUAUUGCAGMGGUUGCAGCACGCGAGGGAACUGACCCAAGGGCYGAGGAGGGCGSACAACCACUGGUCGACCAGAGGGCAGAGCAGUUAGUGYGGGRGAGUAUGGAKRCCAUAGUUGAGUAGAGGGCGGAGYAGAGGGUGYAGUCGUCUGCAGAUUGUAGAGUGUCCUUGAGGGUAGAGCAAAGGGUGGAUMAGAGGAUUGAGAGGAGGGYGGACAUGACUGUGCACCAGGUGGUYGAGCAAACGACAUUAGACAGACCACGCCUUAGYGUGGAUGACAGGAUGGGUGAGAGUGUGGUGCAGGAUCGAGGUGGCAUGACUCGAGGCUCUUUCUAUGGGAUCCCACCUCUUCCGACGCUUCCCGCACGAGUGCUCGACGGCUUCGAUCCACAGACACGUAGUGUGCCGACACC